UCGUUUCUUUGUCUCAUUCUUUCGCUGCUAUUGCCGGCGUUGCAUGGUCGUUUGCACAGUAUUAACUUUAUUUCGUUUAGUUUGCAAAUUUAUAAUGGCAGAGAACAAGGAGCGUACGUUCAUUAUGAUUAAACCGGACGGUGUCCAGCGUGGACUCGUCGGCAAAAUAAUCCAACGUUUCGAGGAUAAAGGUUUCAAGCUUGUGGCGAUGAAGAUGGUGUGGCCAACAGAGGAUUUGUUGAAACAGCAUUAUUCAGAUUUGGCAAGUAGACCAUUCUUCCCAGGCUUGGUUAAAUACAUGAGUUCAGGAACAGUUGUACCUAUGGUAUGGGAAGGCUUGAAUUCGGUAAAAACUGGCCGUGUAAUGUUGGGUGAAACGAAUCCAAAGGAUUCUGCACCAGGAACAAUCCGUGGAGAUUUCUGUCUGCAAGUUGGACGCAACAUUAUCCACGGUUCUGAUUCUGUUGACUCUGCCAAGAAGGAGAUCAAAUUAUGGUUUGGAGAGGACAAAAAGGAGGUUGUUGACUGGGCAUCUUGGGCAGAGAAAUGGAUAUACGAAUAGAUUGUUCGAAACGAACUAUCAAGAAAUAUUACAGGUCAUCUGUCUUUGUGUAUAUAUGCAAAAUUAUUCUUUCACAUAUUGCCAUUCAAGUAAUACACAGUACAUGGAUCAGCUUGUAAAGUAAUAAAACAUGUUCUUGUAUAAAUUGUAUUUAAUAUAACAGCAUUGGUGUUGAUCUUGUCACCUUUCAUACAAUAAAGACCAAUUAACAAAAAU